AUGACAAAGUCUUCGCCGCUCGUUGUCUCGUCGUAUUCGAUUCACGAUGUGCGCUUUCCGACAUCGUUGACGGGCGAUGGAACGGACGCUAUGAAUAAGACCUGCGACUACUCGGCAGCUUACCUCAUCCUCUACACAAGUCCCAAGGACGAUGCCAAGAUCGUCUCAUACCGCGGUCGGGAGAGCGACGCCAUCAAUGCCCCUGUCAAGGAGGACUCUUUGCUUCGUGGCUUUGGCAUGACUUUUACCAUCGGCAAGGGCAAUGAGAUCUGCUGUCAGGCCAUUGCCUCGAUUGUCGAAGAGCUGCUUCUUGGCCGCGAGAUUGAGCCGCUGUUUGCCAACAUGGGCGAGACGUGGCAGCUAAUGGUGUCGGAUCCGCAGCUACGAUGGAUCGGCCCCGAAAAGGGUGUCAUCCACCUGGCUACAGCUGCUGUCAUUAAUGCCAUCUGGGAUAUGUAUGCCCGCUCGCGAAGCAAACCCCUGUGGAAGCUCAUCUGCGACAUGUCCCCCGAGGAGCUGGUGCAGUGCAUCCCCUUCCGCUACAUUACCGACGCCAUCACCCCUGCCGAGGCACUCGAAAUUCUGAAGGACGCCGCCAAGGGCAAGGCACAGAGAGAGGCCGAGAUGGUUGCCAACGGUUACAAGGCGUACACCACUUCCGCAGGCUGGUCCGGUUACGACGACGCCAAAGUGGCUCGUCUCACGCGUUCGGCGCUCGAGCAAGGAUUCAACCACUUCAAGCUCAAAGUGGGAGCAGACGUAGCCGAUGACAUUCGACGACUGUCAUUGAUGCGGUCCAUCGUCGACGAUCCUAACGAGAUGCCAUCAGGACGCAAGCAGCCGUCGCCUGAGAGCCUUGCAGGGAAAAAUGCUGGACCCACGGGCUGCGUCGUGAUGGUCGAUGCCAACCAGGUGUGGGAUGUGCAAGAGGCAAUCGACUACAUGGAGAAGCUGGCCCCUUUGCGUCCUUGGUUCAUCGAAGAGCCCACCGCGCCGGACGACGUUCUGGCCCACGCUGCCAUUCGUCGUGGUAUCAAGCACCUCGGCAUCGGUGUCGCGACCGGCGAACACGCACACAACCGAAUGACGUUCAAGCAGCUGCUACAAGCGGAUGCCAUCGAUGUGGUGCAGAUCGACUCGUGCCGUCUUGCCGGUGUCAACGAAAUCCUCGCCGUUAUGCUGAUGGCUAAGAAGUUUGGCAAGAUCGUCUGCCCGCAUGCCGGAGGCGUCGGGCUGUGCGAGUACGUUGUGCACCUGAGUCUGAUCGACUACAUCUGCGUCAGUGCCACCAACGAGCGCAACGUGCUCGAAUGGGUCGAUCAUCUGCACGAGCACUUUGUUUACCCCGUCAGCAUCAACGGCGCUGGCUGCUACAAAACACCGAUGGACCCGAAGGGUGGAUACAGCAUCGAGAUGCUCAAGAGCUCGAUCGAGGACUACAGCUUCCCGCAAGGCUCGUACUGGAAGAGCGGCACGGCUCGUACGGCUCCGCCCUCUGGACACUAG